AUGCCCCAGUACACUGUGGAAACUGUUGAAAGCGAGGAGGAAAAUGUUGCCUCCUCCUCCCAACUCAAUGAAUCAGCCUUUCUACCCAACUACACACCAACCCAAGGUGGGACUGUAGAUGAUGCCGAAGCUCCGGAUCCUCUUCUUCUUCCAACACAGUUGCCCAGCAGUGAUGACUCUGAUGAUGAUGAGGACGAGGAUGAUUUCGACAACCAAGUGAAUGACGUACGUAAGAAAAAAGCUGCAAAAAGAGCCAAGGAUUGUGCCCAUAGGGCUGGCCACUACGCCGAUUAUCUUAAAACCGGUGGUGGUGUGGCUGAGAAGCCAGUAGAACGUACCACUACUACUACUGAUUAUUGGAACAAUGACACUUCGCACUCUAAUAGUGAAGCAAAAAAGUUUCCUGCGGUGGUUGACUCGUCUAAUGUCACCACAACAAAGAAAGCUCCCCCCUAA